AUGGCUUCCUAUCUCGAGGAUAUGGUGGACUGGUUCCUUAGCACCUCGGCUUUGGUAACCUAUUGGAACUACAUCUUUCCCGUAUUGGUGGGCCUAUAUUUGGCCAUAUCGUUGUAUGAUAAGCAUCGUUACGGAAGCAAAAAGCAGCUCAGGAUAACAUCUUCGCCGAGAGACGGUUCUCCUGCAGUAGGCAAUGGGGCCAAACUGGAUGGCAUGGAAUACGUUGGUGAACUUGAGCAGGCCGACUACGAUCCCUUGCCGGCUUUGGAAGAAAAGCCGCACGUUCCGUACGUUGGCGCUACCGUUACCCUCGAAAAGGAUCCGCUUGAGGCAGCCAACCGUUUUUAUGAGAUCCUGAAUGACCGGCGCAGCGUGCGGCAGUUUAGCCGUCGGCCUGUAGACACAGCCAUUGUCGAGCGAUGCAUCCAGGCCGCAGGGACUGGACCAAGUGGAGCACACACGGAACCGUGGACAUUUUGCCUAGUGUCGGACAGUUCGGUUAAGCAAAGCAUCCGCGAAAUCAUCGAAGCGGAGGAACUGAUCAACUACACGCAACGUAUGGCGAAGCAGUGGGUCACUGACCUGCGGCCAAUUCGCACUAAUCACAUUAAAGAGUAUCUUACGGAGGCGCCACAUUUGAUACUGAUCUUCAAGCAAACGUACGGGUACAAGACGGAUGGUGGCAAGAAACAGCAUUACUACAACGAAAUAUCGACCUCGAUUGCAACCGGAAUAUUGCUCUGCGCGCUGCAGAGUGCCGGGUUGAGUUCGCUGGUUACAACGCCGUUGAACUGUGGGCCAGCCUUAAGAAACCUUCUGGAACGUCCACCGAACGAGAAACUGCUGGUGUUGCUGCCAGUAGGUUAUGCGGCGGAAGAUUGCACCGUGCCUGAUCUGCACCGGAAACCGAAGGAAGAAAUUAUCGUUCGAUUUUGA